AUGCACGCGCGUUGGACAUUUCUACUUGAAGUUUUGAUCGCGGCCAAUGUGGCCACUGGAUCUCCAAUCCAGGGCCAUGAUCAAGGAGCUGCAAAUACCAAUAUCAUAGGGGGCAGUCAUUCUGCAACUACAACCCCCUUUUGGCAACAAUACAAUUAUUGUCAGGGUAAGCAUCGUCAUGGAGGCCGAUCCCCGGCAUCGUCGCCUGUUCCAGGUGACACAACACAAUGGUACCAGUGCGGAGAUCCAGACGAGGUUGUUUUCAUGAACAAGGGCAAUAAGAUCUCAGACAACAGAUCACCCUUCAUGAAAGAGAUGGCGACUAUCGAUGGUGCUUUUGCAUAUACAAUGUGGCAAGGAAACUGUGAUCUGGGAGAAUUGACGACAUUCGGCUCUGAGCAAUUGCAGAAGCUCGGAAAAACACUUCGCUCGACCUACGUCGACGAUCUCGGCUUCCUGCCGAAGAAGAUGGAUCCUGGCUUCAAGAUCAGCCACACCUACAUUUGGCGUACCCGAGAAUCUGUCGAAAAUUUGAUGAACGGCCUCUACCCUCUUCAUACCAGGCUUCCAGGGGAUAUUUUGACUAUGCAUGUCAAGCCGAGCGGAAUCGAGACGAUGAUCUCUCCCUCAAGCGCUUGCCCUAAGCUUGCUGAGUUGACAACUGCGUACUAUUCCUCUUCGGCCUAUAAAGCAACUCUCGCGCCAUACACGGCUCUUCAGGACAAGCUUGUGAAAGCUUAUAACACCACGGGCUUGGCCGGCUAUAACACCACAGCAGCGUUGUACGACUCAGCAUCGGCCACCUACUGCCAUGGCCUUGGAUUGAAGGGCGAUCUGACUUCGGAAGACAUCCAAACGGCAGUGAUCCCAGGCACCAGCGCGUAUCACAAUCUCUUCCGUCAGAACCCGUCCGCUGAGCAGGUAAAGCGGUUGAGUGUCGGUGCCUGGCUGGCGGAUAUUUUGACCUCUCUGUCCGAUCGCAGCACUAAAUUGGAAGUCUAUUCAGCACACGAUGCCAGCUUGGACAUGUUCCUGUCCGUCGUGGCGGAUCCGGAUCUGCCGUGGCCACCAUUCGGCUCGAAUGUCAUAAUCGAGUUGUGGCAAAAAGCCAACGGACAGCAGGUGGUGAGAAUGUUUUAUGAGGGAAUGGUUGUGCCAGCACACCCUGACUUGGCCUGUGACUUCUCAGCGUGUCCGCUGGAUACACUGGCAACGUUUGUCAAGAAAUAUAUCCCCACCGACUUCAAGGACGAAUGUACCGCCUAA